UUUAUCUCCCUUCUCAAGCAGAAAACCGUUCCUAAAACAUUUCGAUAAUAAUUAUUAAGGAUUAUGAAAGCUUUUCCGUCGUUCUCAUUUUUAAAACACCAUCAAAUUAAUCGAUGCAUCUUACAAUUUCAAACGAAUCGUGAAUUUCUAGCUGUCAGUCGCCAGCAUUUACUUUCUAAACGAUCAGUUAACACUACAUCUAAUUUUAAAACCAGCAAUAUAACAUGCCAGCAGUCAGAUGCCGAUGUAACGAGCAGAGGAUCAAAGUCUCAAGUAUUUCCACGCCUUCAAAACGUUACGAUAGAUCGUGGCCAGGAUGUCUUCCAAAAGAACAGAAAACAAACAGAACGUUUGGUCAGCGAAUAUAAACAUUUGCUCAACGAAUCUCUGGCUGGAGGUGGAAGCCGCUCUGUCGAGAGACACACCAAAUUCCACAGGAAACUUUUGGCCAGAGAAAGAGUUAAACAAGUACUAGAUGACGAUUCUUCCUUCUUUGAAUUAUUGCAGAUAGCUGGGAUGGGAAUGGAAUAUGGAAGUAUACCCCAAGCUGGAAUUCUAUCAGGCAUUGGUCGUGUCCAUGGCAUUGAAUGUUUAGUGUUGGCCAACGAUGCCACAGUCAAAGGUGGCAGCAUAUUCCCUAUUAGCGUGAAGAAACAGCUGAGACUGCAGGAAAUUGCCUUGCAGAAUCGUCUCCCUUGCAUCUACCUGGUUGAUUCUGGUGGUGCUUUUCUACCACUGCAGUCUGAAAUAUUCCCUGAUAAAGAACAAGGUGGUCGAGUCUUUUAUAAUAUUGCCAACAUGGCAUCACAGAAUAUACCUCAGAUUUCAGUUGUGCUUGGCCAUUGUACUGCAGGUGGUGCAUACAUGCCAACUAUGUCCAACGAGGUGGUCAUUGUUAAGAGAAUCGGUGCUAUUUUCCUUGGAGGCCCUCCUUUAGUGAAGGCAGCUCUUGGAGAAAUUGUCUCUGCUGAGGAGUUAGGUGGAGCAGCUCUACAUUCAAGCAUGAGCGGUUGUAGUGACCAUUAUGCAGACACUGAAGACGAAGCAUUCAGCAUAACGAGGGAAAUUGUGGCCACCCUGAACCUGGCCCCGUGUGAAAACGCCUCCGUUUCGCCACCACCUUACUAUGAUCCGUCAGAACUCUUAGGGUUGAUACCAGAAGAAAACCAACAAGUGAUGGACCCUUAUAAAAUCAUAGCCAGAAUCACUGAUGACAGCCGAUUCCAAGAAUUCAAAAAAAGAUAUGGUGCCGGUCUGGUAACAGGUUUUUCACAUAUUAACAGUCAUUUAGUUGGUAUUAUAGCCAGCAAUGGUGAAUUAUCAGACACUGCUGCAACCAAAGGGUGUCAUUUUGUUCAGUUGUGCUGUGAAAGAGACAUUCCACUUGUAUUCCUGCAAAACACUUCAUCCUUGACAUCAUUAGGACAAACACCACCCUCAGGAGAAUACAGUCUGUACAUGUCCAGCAAGAUCAAAAGCCAUGCUCAGAUGUUGGCAUCCGUGAGCUGUGCUACUGUUCCAAAAAUCACAAUUAUCACCGGGAAUGCUUUUGGCCAAGACCACUAUUUAAUGGGAGGUCGUGCUGUUGGCCCAAAUUUUGUCUUCUGCUGGCCAAAUGCCAAAGUUGGUGCUAUGGAUGUAGGAGAAAUUCUGCAAGCUAUGAAACAGGAUGUUAAUAUGGAUGAAGAAGCCGAGAAGAAGAUGAGGGGAAAACUGGAGAAGCAAUCUUCAGCUGUGUAUGCUGCUAGCAGACUUUGGAAUGACGGAAUAAUUCUACCAGAAGAUACUCGACAGGUCAUCAGUCGGUGUCUCGCGAUAACACAACGAAACAUAACUAAACAACAGAAACCGUUGCUCAGAAUGUAACCAGCUGUGGUCCAGUAUAGCCCAGAUCCUAACUUUCUAAGCUAAACACUGAAAAAUCCAUCCUCAUGACAUAACUAAAUAUAAAAAAUGCUACUUCUCAGAAUGCUGCAGGAUAUUUAAUCAAAUACAAAACACCAAUUCAUUAAUCUUUAUAUUACCAUGUUUCUUUCAAAAUACACCGUCUUUGUUUCAAUUAAUUCCUAAAAUAAUGAAGAAUUUACUAAUGAACCUUGGGAGGGGCAUUAUGCCAGUAAUAAUAGACACAUGCACUGGUUAGGUCCUUUUUUGUUCUUGUAAGCUAAUGGGUUAGUUACUCUGCUAACAAACUUAUCAAUCAGUCUCAUUUUUUACAAGACUUCAUGCAUCGCAUGCAAUUUUUGGGAUACACCCAGAAAGAUAGGAUCCGACUGUACAGGGGUGGGUGCUAGCAAGAAAUUUGAGGAGAUUGUGAAUGAAGAUGCGAAUGGAACACAACCUAGGUACCAUAAUAAGCAAUGGAAUAAAAUACAAAGAAUUUAUGAUAAAAUGAACAAAAAGAACAUGCGAUACAAUGCCGACAAGUUUCAAGGGAUGAUGUUUGUAGAAGCCACACCACACAGGGAACUAGUCCACAGAUUUAGAAAAAUCCUGAAGGAUACUAAGUUGAACAGAAAAGUCAUAGAAAAAUUAGGGAGAUCUAUCAGGUCAGUAAUAUGCAAAACAUACCCCUUCAGAAAGACCCUGUUUAUAGAAGAGAAUUAUGUAGAGGAGAAUUGUGGCCUGAGGAAGCCACAAUCUUCCCAGAAACAGUGGGCAGUUAAAGAACCAAGAAAUUGCUAAAUCACAUGACUUCCUUUUGUCAUCAAUUCUUCAAAGCUUCUUCACUGAGGUAUUUGUGUUUAUCAACAUUCUACAUCACUGAUAUCUUAACACUUUGAUAAAAGGUUUAAUGUUUAUAUUUUUCUAAAAAUUCCAAUCUUUAUUGAGAAAACAAUAUAUUUUUUUCAAUGAUCGAAAACAAAUGUUUGUAAUAAAUGAAUAUUUUUUAAAGUUG